AUGGCGAUUGAUGCUCAAAUUCGAGUAGAACCUGCUACUGUAGCAGAUGUACCAGAGCUGAUUGAGCUUGUCAAUGAGGGGCUGAAUCCAGAAGGAGAUUACAACAUCUACCCGCAUAAUGCCCACGGGGCAAAGUAUGCAACUGAUGUAUUCGAGGCUCUCCUCAAGGCGGAUAAUAGUCGCGUCAAGCUGCUAGUCGUUCGGGACGCUGAAGGCUAUCCAAUUGCAACGGGAACUGUAUACAAUAUCGCCGCAGGGGAUGUUUUUACCAGCGUAUGGAACGACUGGGGUAUCCCUCUCCAGCGAGGUAUGAAACAAGAGGUUCUAGAUAAACUCUUCGGCGCAUGGACGAAGCGCCACAACAAGCUAAUGGGCAACCAGCCUCGAGUGUACGGAGCCGUACCCGAAUUCUAUAAACGGCGGGGUUACAGCGAGCUCCUUAACGAUUCUGGCGUGGAAGCAUCGGCAGUGCCUAUGCUACGAAAAAAGAAGAGCGAGCGAGUCUAA